CAAGAGGCCCCUUUGGCCUAUGACGCCAUCUGGGCCUUGGCCUUGGCCCUCAACAAGACCUCGACGGAGCUCAUGAAGAAGGGGCUGCGCUUGGAGGACUUCAACUACAACAACAAGAACAUCACAGAUGAGAUCUACAGAGCCCUCAACUCCUCUGCCUUCGAGGGCGUCUCGGGCCACGUUGUCUUCGACGCCAGCGGCUCCCGCAUGGCCUGGACGCUCAUUGAGCAGCUCCAAGGAGGUGUCUACAAGAAGAUCGGUUACUACGACAGCACCAAGGACAACCUGUCCUGGUACAACAACGACAAGUGGAUUGGAGGUACCCCACCAGCUGACUACACCAAAGUCAUCACCACCUUCCGCUUCCUGUCCCAGAAGCUCUUCAUCUCCGUCUCCGUGUUGGCUUCAUUGGGCAUCCUCUUGGCCAUCAUCUGCUUGGCCUUCAACAUCUACAAUGGACAUGUCAGGUACAUCCAGAACUCCCAACCAUACCUGAACAACAUGACGGCCGUUGGGUGCACCUUGGCCUUGGCCGCUGUCUACCCCCUUGGACUUGAUGGCUACCACAUUGGACCAGGGCUGUUCCCCUUCGUGUGCCAGGCACGACUGUGGCUCCUGGGUCUCGGCUUCAGCCUGGCCUAUGGGAGCAUGUUCACCAAGAUCUGGUGGGUCCACACGGUCUUCACCAAGAAGGAGGAGAAGAAGGAGAAGAGGAAGCUGCUGGUGGGGCUGGACGUGGUCACCUUGGUCAUCUGGCAGAUCGUGGACCCCCUGCACCGCACCAUCGAGGAGUUCACCAAGGAGGAGCCCAAGACGGACACGGACGUCUCCAUCCUGCCCCAGCUGGAGCACUGCAGCUCCACCAAGAUGAACACGUGGCUUGGGAUCUUCUACGGCUUCAAGGGGUUGCUCCUGCUCUUGGGCAUCUUCUUGGCCUAUGAAACCAAGAGUGUGUCCACCGAGAAGAUCAACGACCACCGAGCGGUGGGAAUGGCCAUUUACAAUGUGGCGGUCCUCUGCCUCAUCACGGCGCCCGUCACCAUGAUCCUCAGCAGCCAACAGGAUGCGGCCUUCGCCUUCGCCUCCUUGGCUGUUGUCUUCUCCUCCUACAUCACCUUGGUCGUCCUCUUCGUGCCCAAGAUGCGGCGCCUCAUCACCCGCGGCGAGUGGCAGUCGGAGCAGCAGGACACCAUGAAGACGGGGUCGUCCACCAACAACAACGAGGAGGAGAAG